AUGGCGGUUGAUUGGGCGGCUGUGAAGCGAACCAUCAAUGAAGAAUGGGACAAGACGGUGCUGCCUGCUCUCUCCGCAUACAUUGAAGUUCCAAACCAGACGCCUCUUUUUGAUCCGGAAUGGGCCACCAACGGCUUCAUGGAAAAAGCCAUGAAUGUCAUGCUGGAAUGGGUGAAGGGCCAGGGCAUCAAUGGCCUAAAAUAUGAGCUUCUGGAAGAGAAGGGUCGGACCCCGUUUCUUAUUUUGGAGGUUGAGGGCACGAAACCCACAAAAAAGGUGUUGCUCUACGGUCAUAUGGACAAGCAGCCGCCUCUUCUUCCAUGGAGUGAGGGCCUUCAUCCCUACAAGCCUGUGUACCGCGAUGGAAAACUGUAUGGCCGAGGCGCCGCCGAUGAUGGCUAUGCGAUAUUCUCAGCGGUGAGCGCCUUGGUGGCACUACAAAAGCACGGAAUACCGCAUGGACAAAUCGUCGUAAUCAUUGAAGCGUGUGAAGAGUGCGGAAGUCCCGAUCUCUCCUAUUAUAUGGAACGGCUCAGUGACCGUAUCGGAGAUGUGGAUCUUCUUAUCUGCCUGGACAGUGGGGCUAUGUCCUACGACAAGGUGUGGUUAACCACUGCGCUGCGAGGUGCUCUCUGUAGCACCCUCACUGUUGAGACCCUGAGUGAAGGGAUGCACAGCGGUGUCUCUGGUGGUGUGGUCCCAGACACAUUCCGCAUUGCCCGUCAGUUGCUUGAUCGCCUUGAAGAUCCCAUAACGGGCGAAAUAAAGCUCCCUGAGGCGCAUUGUGUCAUUCCGAAAUCUGUUGUGGAGGACAUGGAAGUCAUGAAGGAAGUCAAUUUCAAGGAACUGUUUGCGCUGCUACCUGGUGUCUCUACCGAACCAGGUGACAAUGCCGAACUGGCUCUGCGUAACUUUUGGAAACCUUGCCUUACCGUGACGGGGGCCGACCUUCCUGAUCCCGCCGUAGCAGGCAAUGUGAUUCGCGCAAAAACGUCGCUGCGGCUUUCAAUUCGUCUCCCACCCUUGGUGGACACCGAAACCGUUUCCAAUGCAUUGAAGAAACUGCUUGAGGCAAACCCACCAUAUGGUGCCAGGGUUGUUUUUAAAGCAGAUGGUGCGGCGUAUGGAUGUGUAACGCCAGAACUCAAGCCGUGGCUUGUCAAAUCCCUAACUGAAGGAAGCAUGCAAGCGUUUGGCAAACCAUUUGCAACGCAGGGCGUGGGUGGUUCUAUUCCGUUUAUUGCAACGCUUAUCAAGCAAUUCCCAAAGGCCCAGUUUGUGGUUACGGGUGUGCUUGGGCCCAAGAGCAAUGCACACGGACCAAACGAGUUUCUGCAUGUGCCUUUCACAAAGGGUCUGACCUUUUGCGUCACUCGCAUGUUGGCCGACCACUUCCAUGCCGCGUCGAAGGUGUAG